CUGUUUUCAAAAGAAAACAAGAGAAGUUGUAAGACUGACUUUCCCAAGAGCUAUACACUCAUUUAUACCAGGAAACAGACAAGAGAACAAGAGGCUGCCAAAGACAAAACUUCUCUGCAAGCACCUGUGCACAGCAAUGUGCGUGGGCAUCUGUGAGAAGAAGGUAGGGUGGGAUUCCCUUUAUUAAGAGACUUCUGCACCUGUUGACAUUCAGACAUUUUUUUCAGCCGAGGAACUGCUCAGUCCUCAAUUUUUCCACUGUCAACCACAGGAAGCUUCGUAUUUCAGUAAUAAUUUUGUCCUUUGUCAAUUGGAAGAAGAGGCUGGGAACUCCCUUUGGAAGGAACACGUAUGCACACAUUAUUUUUCAGAAUAGAUGUGUCGCUUUGAUGGAACUGGCAGAUUCUGUUUCUUGAAAAGUUUUAGAUCUGUAACUGAAGGACUUUUUUUUUCCUACUGUUACUAAUUUUCUAUUGAAUGUCAGUGUACUGCCUGUAGAUUCUUCUAAGCACUUGUGAGAUGGAGCAAGAAGACCUUCUUUUGCUGCAGGAUUUAUAGGCUUAAAAUUAAGCUUAAUACUUGGGGAACACUAAAAUAAGUCUUUUGCAGAGAAUCUGUGAAGUUUGAGCAAGCGGCCUUCCCAAGAUGUACCGAAUAUCUCAACUGAUGUCAACACCAGUAGCAAGUUCUUCCAGGUUGGAAAGAGAAUAUGCUGGAGAGCUGUCUCCCACGUGCAUUUUCCCAAGUUUCACCUGUGAUUCCCUGGAUGGUGACCAUUCUUUUGAAUGCGGCUCCAUAGAUCCCCUGACAGGCUCCCACUAUACCUGUCGCCGAAGUCCCAGACUCCUCACCAAUGGCUACUAUAUUUGGACCGAAGACAGCUUCCUGUGCGACAAAGAUGGCAACAUAACUCUGAACCCAUCCCAGACCAGCGUUAUGUACAAGGAGAACUUAGUUAGGAUAUUUAGAAAGAAAAAGAGAAUCCGCCAUUCCUUUUCUUCUCUCUUCAACCUCAGUACCUCCAAAUCUUGGCUGCAUGGAAGUAUCUUUGGUGACAUCGACUCUUCUCCAAGUGAAGACAACUGGUUGAAGGGGACCAGGAGGUUGGACACAGACCAUUGCAAUGGAAAUGCAGAUGAUUUAGACUGUUCUUCUCUGACUGAUGACUGGGAGUCAGGGAAGAUGAAUGCAGAGUCUGUGAUCACCUCCUCUUCCAGCCACAUCAUAUCUCAGCCUCCUGGAGGAAACUCCCACAGCUUGUCUCUUCAGUCCCAGUUGACAGCUUCUGAAUGUUUCCAAGAGAAUAGUUCGGAUCAUUCAGAAACCAGUUUGUUGCAAGAGGUCUUCGUUCAGGCAAUCCUGCUUGCUGUGUGCUUAAUCAUUUCUGCAUGUGCAAGAUGGUUUAUGGGAGAAAUAUUAGCCAGUGUCUUCACAUGCUCAUUGAUGAUAACUGUAGCUUAUGUGAAAUCAUUGUUUCUCAGCCUUGCCAGCUAUUUCAAAACCACUGCCUGUGCUCGGUUUGUCAAAAUUUGACAACCAUUUAGGAAUGCCUUCGAUGAAUGUCCUCCAUCUGAAUAUCCGGAAAUUGUCCAACUUGCAGUCUACUUGGAAUCAAGUGUUUUAUUGGAAGGGAGUAAGCAAGUAAUUGAGAAAAAGCCAUUUUAGUUUGACUAUGUGAUUUUAAAAUGAUCUCAGUUUUUCCAUCAAAAUUAUAAUAUGCUCAUGAAAAUAAUAUUAAUUUGCCUUCCCUUUGCAAACACCAGCAGUUGAAAGGAAAAGGACUGGGAAUAUGAUGGAAAAGAGACCGCCUGGAAUAAAUGUCCCCCUAUGAUUCUUUAAGGCAGUGGUUCUCGAGCUUGAAUUUUCAUUAGGAAGUUCUGUGAGGAGCUUGUAACCAGAUUUCUGGGUCUGCCACAUGCACCUAUCUCUUGCUGAAUUGCUUUAAUAGAAUAAUGAGAGCAAGUUUGUCUAACUAAUACCAACCUGACAACUUGAAUAACAAUAAAUGCAAUUUGUACAUAAAAUAUAAUGCUGCAAAAGUUUGUUAUUCACCUCAGUGGAGUGACUUGAUAUUAGAUGGUAACCGUAGAUGAUGAAAAUGGACAGGAAAGAAGCAUUUUCUGAAAGUUAUAUUCUUUUGAACCACAUUCUAAACCAAGUUUUUAAUCUUCUUGGGGCUCGUAAUUACCUUUCACUUUAAUGUCACUUAAAGAUAUAACACAGAAAAAUGCCUUGAGGGCAAAAUAUAGGCAAAACACCAGUGUGCUUUGAAAUGCAUGAAAAUGGUGCAGUUGUACCCUUGAGCCUUGACUCAAGGGCUGUAGAAGAUGUUCCCUUUCCACCCCCCACACUUGGUGCAUGUUCACAAAGCAAAUAUGGCCUGCAAUUCGAAUUUGUUUUAUGUGAUAUUCUCUGAGUAAAAACUCGUACAUGCAGAAAAUUGUCUUUGCUCGAAAUGGUAAUGCCAAAAUAUAACUUUAUAUAUAAUUUGCAUUUAGUACAUUUUUGGUUAAAAAAUAAACUAAUAAAUAAGUGAAGUCAUCAGCAAAUUUA